AUGGAAGCCCUUAAACCUAUACUACUGAAGAAGUCAGAUGUUGAUGGUCCCAUUCAAAAUUGUGAGGAAGGUCAGCCCUUGAGUCCAAUUGCUCGUCUGUGUCAUCAACCUGACUCCUGUCUUUACAUCAUCGUCAUGAUUGGCAUCAAGACAAAACUGGACCCAAAAGUAAUAAAGGCGGAUUUAGUGCAAUCCCUUCUCAAGCAGCCUCGUUUCUCUAGUUUGCUGGUUGAGGAUGAGACAGUGAAAGGGGGGAUGAAAUGGGUUCAAACAGAGGUGAAUUUAGACAAUCAUGUUAUAGUUCCAAAGCUAGAUCCCAAUAACAUCAACUCACCAGAUAAGUUUGUGGAUGAUUACAUCUCCAACCUGAGCAAAACUAAGAUCAAAAGGUCAAUGCCAAUGUGGGAUAUCCAUCUCCUUAACUUGAAAACUUCUGAUGCUGAAUCGGUGGCCGUUUUACGACUCCACCAUUCUCUGGGUGAUGGAACUUCGCUAAUGUCUCUUUUCCUCGCUUAUUCUCGUAAGAUUUCUAACCCAAAUGAACGUCCCACCAUUCCAGUGGUUAAGAAAGUAAAUCCCAGCAGUUCCUCAGGAACCUUUUGGGGAAAUAUCAUCAAAUUAUGGAAUACUCUUGUGGAUGUUCCCAUGUUUCUUGCUACCUCAUUAUCUCUCUUAAACGAUACAAAAACGCCUCUCAAGGGUCCCUUGAGACAAACUCGGCGAUUUGUUCGUAGAUCACUGAGUUUGGAUGAUGUCAAGCUCGUGAAGAAGACAAUGAAUGCCACAAUAAAUGAUGUUAUGCUUGGAGUCACUCAAGCAGGAUUAUCUCGGUAUCUCAAUCGGAAAUACGGAGAGUGUGACAAGAGCGAUAAGGGAGCGUCAGAAAGAAGCAACAAUCUUCCUCAUAAUAUUCGUCUUAGGGCAGCCUUGUUCAUGAACCUUAGAAAAUCUCCAGGGAGUCAAGAGUUGGAUUAUAUGAUGAAGAAAGGAUCUAAAGCGAGGUGGGGCAACGAGUUUGGUUAUUUGUUUUACCCUUUCACCAUGGCAAUACGAGAUGACCCAUUGGAUUACCUGCGAGAAGCUAAGGCAACCAUGGAUAGGAAGAAAGCUUCUCUGGAGGCUUCCUUCUCAUAUUUCUUGGCUAAAUGUUUUCUCAAGCUUGGUAGUGUGAAGGUACUGCCCGUCUUUCAAACCUCUCUCUUUAAUGAAACAACAGUGUGGUUCUCAAAUAUACCAGGACCAGCAGAAGAAAUCAGUUUUUAUGGCUACCCAGUGGCCUAUAUUGCUCCAAGUUGCUAUGGACAACCCACCGGAUUGCUGAUUCAUGUCGUCAGUUAUGGCAACAAAAUAACCUUCAUUUUAUCAAUUGAUGAAGGCAUAAUCCCUGAUCCUAAUCAGCUGUGCGAUGAUCUUGAAGAAUCAUUCAACCUCAUCAAAACUGCAGCCCUUGCCAAAGGAAUGUUUACGAAUUAA